AUGGCAUCGGAGACUGACAGAAGGAUUGGGAUGGUUAAUCUUCUGGACAGCAGCAGCAGCAGCUCGGAGGAAAGGUCUCCUGUAGCAGUGUGCAUCCAACUCCCGCUCGGGAUCCCCCCCUUCAUCCCUCUCCGUCGGCUUAGUCCGGGCCCAGCAGGGAAGGGAAGGACGAGCCGCGCCCGCGGAGGGCCGGGCGCGGCGGCGGCGGCUGUCCGGGCUCCCAGCUCGCUGUCUCGGCGCUCUCGCUCCCCGCAGCAGCAGCAGCAGCAGCAGCAGCUUCACUCCCGCGGCCCCGCGCAGCCUCCGCGCAGCGGGCGGGCGCGAUCCCGGCCGGCGGCCGCCCCCGGCGGCGGCGGCUCCGGAGCAUCCAGGAGGGCGGCGGGCGGCGCGGGGGGGCUGCCGCGAACCGCCGCCCGCGCUCAGGGCGUGGAGGAGCCGCGGCGCGGAGCCGUCUCCGCCGUCGUCCCUCGGCCGGGGUCUCUCCGCCGGGGUCCCGCCGCCGCUGUCCGCGCUCCGCCGGGCGCUCCCCGGGACAGGCGCUGCUCCCGCCGCGGCCGCGGGGCGCGGGCAGAGCUCCCGGCGGGGGCAGGGGCUGCGCUGAGAUUUAAGGAGGCGCGGCGGAGUUCGGGCAGGAAGGCCUGCAGCGGCUCCCGCCCGCCCCUCGCCCGGCCCCGCCGCGCUCCGGCCGCCGCCGCAGCUCCGCGGCGCCCGGUGCCGUCCCCUCGCCGCGCAGCCCGGGCACGGCUCCGCCACGGCCAGCGCGGCCCGGCCGCUUUUAGCAGCAGCGCUGCUGAGGCCUAG